AUGUCGGCGACAGAAGAUGCCAGCAGUCCAUCGCCGUGUAUUCGGAUGGUCCAAAAUGUUUCCAGAUCGACUAAAUCGGUCUUGAUGAAAUAUUUGAAAUUUGUGGGACCUGGAUUGAUGGUCAGUGUCGCAUACAUGGAUCCGGGAAAUUACUCUACAGCAGUCGAUGCUGGUGCUACUAACAGGUUUGCACUUCUGUUCGUCAUACUGCUUUCAAAUAUCAUCGCCAUCUUCCUGCAAUCGCUGUGUAUCAAAUUGGGCACCGUAACCGGCUUGGAUUUGUCGAGAGCGUGUCGUAAAUACUUGCCAAGGUGGCUUAAUUGGACGCUUUAUGUAUGUGCAGAAGCUGCAAUCAUAGCUACUGAUGUAGCUGAGGUGAUUGGUUCUGCUGUGGCGUUGAAUAUUCUGAUCAAAGUUCCUCUUCCUGCCGGUGUAGCAAUCACUGUGGUAGAUGUUCUCUUUGUCAUGAUUGCCUAUAAACCUGGUAGCUCAUCCAUGAGAUUUGUGAGAUUCUUCGAAUUGGCCGUGGCAGCUUUGGUAUUGGGAGUUUGUGUUUGUUUCUGUAUCCAGCUCGCAUUUCUGCCACGCAUUCCUGUACGUGAAAUAUUCCGCGGCUUUGCACCCUCGAAAGAGAUGUUUCAAAACAACGGGAUCUAUAUUGCAGCCUCUGUCCUUGGUGCUACGGUCAUGCCACAUUCUUUGUUUUUGGGAUCCGGUUUGGUCCAACCCAGACUUUUGGAAUACGAUGAGCAAAACGGAAACUACUCCAAGUUGGCUUCGGUAGAGGUUGCAUCCGAUGUCUCCUCAGCCGUAAAUCUGAGCAAAGACGAGAAAUUGGAUCAAGGCUAUCUCAAUUACAAGCCAAGCAUGUCAGCAAUACGUUAUGCGCUAAAAUAUUCUAUUUCGGAGCUGACCAUCACUUUAUUCACCUUUGCGCUGUUCGUGAACAGCGCCAUUUUGAUAAUAUCGGGAGCAACCUUGUAUGGAUCUCCAGAAGCCGCCGGAGCAGACUUGUACACAAUUCACGCUCUUUUGUCCAGAACCUUAGCGCCCGUCGUUGGUACGAUCUUUAUGCUUGCUCUACUACUCAGCGGCCAGUCAGCAGGAAUUGUAUGUACAAUCGCGGGACAGAUUGUCAGCGAGGGACAUAUCAAUUGGAAGCUCAAGCCAUGGAAGCGUCGGAUAGCUACUAGAAUGAUCUCAAUUGUUCCCUGUCUCGCCAUAUCUCUAAGCGUCGGUCGGCCUGCCUUAUCUCGCACCCUAAAUGCAUCGCAGGUUGUACUAUCGUUGCUGCUACCGUUUUUGACAGCGCCUUUGAUUUACUUUACGUGUAAGAAGUCUAUCAUGCGAGUAGAAGAGCCCGCUUCCAAUGCAGAACGCCGAUCAGACAUCGAAAACGGAGAAAAAUCCGUGAUUGACAUGUCAAACAAUUGGGUGACAUCGGUGAUAGCCUUUGCUGUUUGGCUAUUCAUCUCGGUUCUCAAUGUUUAUGCUAUUGUUCAGCUCGGUCUUUCUAAAGGUGACAUCAAUUGA